CAUGUGCAGUUACCAACAUGGUGGAUGCCCACGUAGCACGAAAACACUGGCGAUGCACAUUAGAAAGAGCUGAGAAAUUUAUCUCCAACCAGUUCUUUUCGGACAUUAAUUUGUAUAGUAGGCUUUAUCCAAAAUCCUUACCAGUUACGUCCAUAACUCACUAUGCUGCUCCUGGUCGCAUAACAUAUGAAGAAGCUGUGAAAGGGGAAUAUAGUCCAGCAAAAGUUGGUGAAAGCUUUGGGCCAACGUGGUCAACACAUUGGUUUAAAGUCAUCAUUGAUAUUCCAGAAGAAUGGACUGGAGAAAGAGUUCAUUUUCGUUGGAACUCAGAAUCAGAAGCAAUGGUUUGGCAGAAUGGUAAACCUAUACAGGGUUUAACAGGUGCAGAUGGACACCAACAGAGAACAGACUUUCUAUUGUCAUACAAGGCAACAGGGAAUGAAAGCUACACCCUUUACAUUGAAAUGGCUGCCAAUGAAAUGUUCGGAGCUGGUAAGGAUGGUCUUAUCAAUGCCCCAGAUCCAUCACGCACGUACAGUCUGUCCAUGGCUGAGAUAGCUGUCUUUGACACCGAUUGCUAUGAUUUGCUUACUGACUUGACUGUUAUAAUUGAUCUUGCAAAGCAUCUUCCUGAGGGCAGCAGCCGCUCCUUUGAAGCCCUUUACACAGCCAACAAGAUUGUUAAUGCUUGCGAUACCAGCAACAGAAGCACCUUUGGAAAGGUGCACAAGGAGAUAGCAGCUUCCUUCUUUGCACAAAAGAAUGGUGAAAGCCAGCACAAGGUGUACGCCAUCGGCAACUGUCAUAUAGACUGUGCUUGGUUAUGGCCAGUUGCAGAAACGAUAAGAAAAUGUGGAAGAAGCUUCGCAACUGCCGUGAGACUUAUGGAGAAGUAUCCAGACUUUAAAUUUGCAUGUUCACAGAUGCAGCAGCUUGAGUGGGUGAAAAUUCAUUACCCAAGCUUAUUUGAGGAACUGAAGCACUUUGCUAGCAAAGGACAGUUUAUUCCUGUUGGUGGGACUUGGGUGGAAAUGGAUGGUAACAUUCCCAGUGGUGAGGCUUUCAUCCGACACUUUCUGAUUGGUCAGAAGUUUGCCAAAGAAGAAUUUGGAAAAGAGUGUGAAGUGUUCUGGUUACCAGAUACCUUUGGUUACUCAGCUCAGUUGCCACAAAUCAUAAGAGGAACAGGUAUCAAGUACUUCCUGACACAGAAACUAAGCUGGAGUCUUAUUAAUAAGUUCCCUUUUAAUACUUUUUUCUGGCAAGGAAUUGAUGGAUCAAAAUGUCUCACCCAUUUUCCACCUGCCGAUACGUAUGAGUCAAGAGCUGAUGCUGGUGAUGUCCUGAAGACAGCACACAAGUUGAAGGACAAGGGAAAAGUACAUGGAAGUAUUCUGUUGUACGGACAUGGUGAUGGAGGAGGCGGCCCCUCAGAAGAAAUGUUGGACAUGCUGAAAAGAAUGGAAGAUGUGGACGGAUGUCCCAGAGUGUCGUUAUCCACUCCUGAAGACUUCUUCACCGCAGUUGAUAAACAAGAUUCCAAUAAGUUGUGUACAUGGGUCGGUGAAUUGUACCUUGAGCUCCACCAAGGAACCUUUACAACCCAGGCAAAGAUUAAAGCUGAGAAUCGUCGAGGGGAAUUCUUAUUACAUGAUGCAGAGUUCAUGUGCACUUUAGCAUGGGCCCUUGGUGGACACCGUCCAGAUUUGUAUCCAACCGAAAAGUUUCUUCAAAUCUGGAAACCAUUUCUUCUGAAUCAGUUCCAUGACAUAUUACCUGGUAGCUGUAUUCCAGAGGCUGUCACUGAUGCCUUGCAAGCCUAUGAGGAGGUGCACGCCGCUGCCACCAAAAUCUUUGACACAGCCUCCAACAAUGUGAUUUCUAAGCUGGCACCAAACACCACGGACUGCACAUUGAAGCCAGUCAUCUUCAAUACCCUCUGCUUUGACCGACAAGAAGUGAUACCUGUACCUCAAGAGCUAAUAAAAAAUCUCUCAAAGGAAGAACAAAUUUCUAUUGAAACACAGAAGACAAAUGAUGGACAAACAUUAGCUAUGGUUUCAGUACCUUGUAUGGGUAUUAAUACUGUGAAUUGUACACCCAAGACAGAAUUCCAGCCUGUGGUCGUUCAAGAAGACCAGGAAAGUGGUCAUGUGACCAUACAAAAUGAGCAUUUCAACGUUAUAUUUGACAGCUGUGGUCGAGUCGUGUCAUUUAUUCACAAGCAAAGUGAAAGACAAGCUGUCAGUAGUGGUUGCCAUGCCAACCAGUUUGUCCUGUUUGAUGACAUACCUCUGUACUGGGAUGCUUGGGACGUGAUGCCAUAUUACCUGGAAAAGAGGAUCUCACUUUCUGAAUGUACCAAACCAAACGGAACUCUUAAGGUCGUGGAAAAAGGUCCAUUACGAGCUACGCUUGAGUUUUCUUUGGCGAUAAGCUCUUCCAGCUCAUUAAAACAAGUCAUUAUUGUAGAUUCUUGUCUGCCAUACAUCAAAUUCGAUACCAAGGUUGACUGGCACGAGAACAGAAAAUUCCUCAAAGUUGAGUUUCCAGUUGACGUUCAUUCAAUGAAUGCAACAUACGAGAUCCAGUUUGGUCAUCUGCAAAGACCAACACACUGUAACACUAGCUGGGAUUGGGCCCAAUAUGAGGUGUGUGGUCAGAGAUGGGCGGACCUGUCUGAACAUGGCUGGGGUGUGUCUCUCAUGACUGACAGCAAGUAUGGAUACUCAACCUAUGGCAACACUAUGUUCAUUUCGCUGCUUCGUUCCCCAAAAGCACCAGACGACCAAGCUGACAUGGGAAACCAUGAAUUUUCAUAUGCYUUAUUUCCACAUUCAGGUACUUUCCAGGAUGCUGGGCUUAUUCGUCAUGCCUACUGCUUUAAUGAAAGUCUUCAUGUUCGCGGUUGUGUUGUUGGAAGCGGCUUUAAAACGGAGUCGUUCUUCAGGGUGGAUAAUCCUGCAGUGGUCCUUGAAACUGUUAAAAAGGCAGAGAAAAACCCUUCAGCUUUUAUCUUACGACUCUAUGAAUCCUUCGGCGGUAAGGCAAAAACGCGUUUGACGACAUCGCUUCCCCUCAAGCAUGUCCAAAG